GGGUGCAACUUGAAUGGAGGUUGUCCUUCUAGGCCGGUUCGUGGAUGAUUGAAGUUUCUCGGUUAAUUUUUUUCACGGUACUGGCAGUGCACAAUUGCUAAGGGUUGCCCGCCCUAGCGAACGGGAUCAGAGUAUCUAAGUACCAUUGUGGCUGAAGUGAGCUCUCGUUCUCACCAGCCACCCGCGCUCAUAUUAGCCACACACUAGCGGGCCAGCCACCGGGGUUGUCCACAAGAUGCGGGACGCAUUGUGGCUAUGCUCUUCUCACAUAAUGACAGGUUGCGUUGCGCAGUCGUAACCUGGGACACGGACAUCCCAACUUACGAGCAAGUAGCCAAUCACCGCGCUCAAUCGGCCAUCGAGUCCAUCGCUCAAGCCUCUUUCCUCUCCCGCUCGACGAGGACUUCAUCCUCGCUCUUCUACAGGAACACACCUUUCCCCAUGGAUUUUUGGUUGUGAAGGCAAGCCAGUCAUCGAUCCCAUCGCUUAUUCUCUUCCUUCUUUCCCUCUCUCUAUAUCCCUCACCCGGCCGACACCAUUGGCGAAAAUGGAGCCAUGGCCAACCUCGACUUAACACGGAGCACCUCCAAAACUCGCGACCCUCCGCCGAGCCUCUUCCCGCGUCCCUCCCCCGCAGCUUCACAUGUCUCGCUCGCUGGAGUAGGCGCCGGCGGCCCGACUCCCUCGCCAUACGGGCACGGCGGCGGCGGCGGCGACAACGCGCCGACGCGCCACUCACAGUCGUACUCGCGAUCGCACUCGCAGGCCGCCACGACCGCGCCGUCGCGCGCGCCGCGCACCCGCUCGCCGCUGGGCCCCCGCCUGCGCACCGGCGACUCGGCGCGCAGCGGUGCCACCGCCGACCGCGCCGACGCGCUGUGGGCCGAGAUGCAGCUCACGCUCCAGGAGAUUGAGCUGUCGGCCGGCGGCGGCACCCACAUCUUCGGGCCCGAGCACGACCGCAAGCUCGCCGACCUGCGCGCCGCCCAGAUCGGGCUCGCGCAGGCGUGGGCGCGCAGCGAGGCCGACGAGGCCGUCGUCCCCGACGCGCCGGCUUCGUCUGCCUCUGGCGCCGCCGCCGCCGCCGAGGUGCCCAGCCUCAAGGGCGCCCUCGCCGAGAUGGCUGCUACCGCCGCCGCUGCCGCUGCAGGGGGCGCCGGUCUUGUCCCGACUAUAUCCGCGGGCAUGGGGAGGGGCGCAGGCGGGGGUGGCGGUGGAGCAGGCGCGACGGAGGCCACCGAGGCCCCCAAGAGCACGACCGCUGGGACCGGCAGCGCGCGCCCUGGCAGUAGCGGGACCGCGAACCGCGAGCGGCUCGGCGCCAGGCUCGAGGAAGAGACGGAGCGGGAUAUACUCCUCGCGAGAAACAGGCGCGAGGCGAACGACCGGUACUUUUCCAAGAUCGAUCAGGGCGUUAGGGAUGUGGUCGAGAAGCUAGAGGAGGUAGCCAUCGCCAUGAGAGCGGUCGAGGAAGAGACCCGGAACAUUUGGGCGGAUAGCACCCUGCCGGAUAACGUGAGGGCCUAAAGACGAUAUCAUCCACUGCUGAGCUAUUAUGUAUGGCUACUACGUAUGUGUGUGUAUAUGCAUUACGAGCGAUAGGCGUUAUGGGGUCACCAGCGGGUACCGGGUAUCAAGCUUUGCUUGCCGUGGGGGCAAUGGAUCGACGGGUGGAUUCACUCCGCAGUUGGGCCCCUAUAAUUUCUCUUUGGCGGUUUGGAUGC